AUGGCGUUCUCAGAGCGGAGAGGAAGGGGGGAGGAGGAGGAGGAGGAGGAAGAGAGCAGUGAGACGGGGAAGGACGCGGGUAGAGGACGGCGUGGAACUAGUGGAGGUUUUUGGGGGAGCCAGCUUCUUACUCUGAGGUCGCUGGGGCAUUUCCGAGUGAUCCGGGGUAAAAACCCGACUGACACACACACACACAACAGAGAGAGAAAGAGAGAGAGAGUGAAAGAGAGCGAGUCAGAGCUAAUAUCAGGACGGCAAACAGCGACACACAUCAUCGAUCCUCCUCCCCUCUCCUGCAGAUAUCUGCGGCUGUCUGAGCUCGUUUCACGGACACUUCAGUGCGCAGCCCUCGGUGAUGUUUGCUUUCGCUCUUUUGUGUUUCUGUGCAGCGGACUGAUCUGGAGAGCUGAGCUGCACGCGACGAGAGGUGUCUGCAAAUCGGCUCUUUUUUUUUCUCCAACUUCAAACUCCCAACUGCUGCGAAACACCGAAGAAUACAGCCUCAAAAUCGUGCACAUCAUCGGUGGGAAGAAAGCAAAGACUGAGCUGAGCGUUCCUGUCCUGCUGGUUGUCCAUCAUGCACCGAUUACUCCAGGAACAUCACAGAUGUGCUCCCAAAGAGAGGUUGUCCAUCGUGCACAGCUUCCUCCAGAAACAUCCGCCAUGUGUUUCCAAAGAGAGGUAAGAAGCCAUUCCUCGAUUUCUCAGCUUCUUUUCAUGUCUUUCCUCUUGACUCUCACCUCUCCAUCCUCUUUUUAUAAACUGUGUUCCCUCCAGCCGAGAAACAGAGCCAGAGGGAACAACCCUUUACACCUCUUCAUAUGGUGCUUAAAGGAAUCUCUUGCACGUAAUAUUUGAGGGGUUCGGUCUGGUGUUGAACUGAAUAAAAACUUAUUAGAAGCUUCAUAUUCACCCGCUAAAUCUGAUUCAAACAGAAGAAAUUGGA